CGGCAUGAGCGGAGAAAGUGUUGCACUAGCUGGAUAAUUCACAACUUUACAAUCCCCCGGGCGACAACGAAAACACACCAUGAACCUACUCUUUGGCCUGGUGCUGCUGGCCUCACACGGAGUCCUCCGAACCGGAGCCCAGCUGGAGCUCACCAAUAACUACGUUUGCACCGAGGACUUUUGUGAUAACUACCGGGAGAACAACGAGUGUGAACCGCUAAGGAUCGCUUGCCGGGCAAUGAAUGCGACCCACAACGGGAUCAUCUUCCCGUCGGCCACACCGUGUUCCUGCUGCCGAACUUGCAUCGAGAACCUACGGCUCGGUGACGAUUGUUCCGUGGGCGGCCUAGGGUUUCCGGUACCGGCCAGUAUCUGUGGUCCCGGACUGUACUGCAAGGUGGCGGACGGGGACGAGCACCCGACCUGUCAACCGAUGUUGGAGUCCAGCAAAUGCUACACGGCCCAGAAGGAAUUUGACGAUCAGCGCCAGGCAGGGCUGAUCGGCCAUCUGAUGCAGCGCCCGGAGUGUGAUGCGGACGGCAAUUAUCAGCCCGUUCGAUGCAUUCCCGGACAGACGUGCUACUGCGUCGACGAAGAUGGACAGCGGAUCUUUGGCGAGGCGGUCCACACGGCCAACAUCCAGAUAUCGAUGAGAUGCGAGUGUUCCCGAUUGGCCGCGAAAGCCCGCCAGCUGCUCAAUUCUCCUUACCCGGUCCUUACCUCGAGGUGCGACUCGAAAGGCUCGUUCGAUCAGCUGCAGUGCGUCGAUCAGAUGUGUGUCUGCGUCGAUAUGCAUACCGGUCAGCCCACGUCGGACCUUCGCAAUGUGACCCGGGGUCUCUCGACGUUGCCGUGCUUCGAUAGGAGGCUCCACGAAAACACCACCUACCUGCGGGACUGUGAGAACGUGAAGUUGGCCCAACUGUACGACAUCAGUGAGUAUCAGGCGAACGACUACAACGUGCUCGAGUUUGAUCGGGAUAUCUGCCAGCCGGAUGGGUACUACGAGCGCAUCCAGCGUCACCCGACCGGGCACUUCCUGUACUGCUCGGACCGGGACGGGGCCAUGAUCGAGAACUACCGGGCGCCCACGAACACGCGCCUGGCUGCCACCAUGACCUGCAAGUGCGCCCGGGCUCGGAAGUUGCUGGUGGACAGCAAAAGUCUAGACGUUCCGGAGUGCUGCCCGAACGGUAACUACCGCAGUUUGGCCUGUCGCCGGGGCGAGUGCUACUGCGUGGACGAGGACGGCAACCAGGUUGGGAUCGAGCGACCGGAAAAGGAUAAACGCAAUCUGCCGUGCUACAACGGAGGCGACUUCUGUGCCUGAGAGUCGCCACAACGUGACUGAACCCACGGCACGUUGGUGGAAUUUAAAUGAGUUGCCCCGACACGUGGCGUUCAUCAGGGACCCAUGAUGAGCGAUAGAUAAGCCAGGCGCGGGCAACAUUGUUGCAACGUUGGCGGUUGGCAAUGAAUUCAUCAGUUCAGCUGAAUGGCCAACCGUUGUUGGUGUGUACAAUUUGUUUCUAUUGAUACAUCAUUACCAAUUCAAAGAAGAAACACCAGCACGUUCCCACAUUGCUAUAGGGUCAUCGGGCGUUCGUUUCAACAUUAAAUUUAUUAAACUCCUUACUUUAACGACUACAACAAUGUAAAAAAUGAUGGCUUACAUCGAAUGGCACACGCGACAAAAAUAAAACAGUGU